AUGGCAGUCUCUGUGGCGGCGAGAGUCCAGCCCCAGUGGCCUCACGCCGAAACCUCCUCGUCUCGGCGCGCUGAACUCGUUCUCCUUCGCGAGGGUGUCGAUAUCGCCCUCGCAUACUUCAACUACGAGGACGAAGAAACGCUUCCAAUACUGACAGCCAAGGCCAGAAAGUGGUCCGAAAAGUACUAUCGGGGAUACCCAUACGCUUCCCGGCGAGCCAUAGCCUUGAUCAAGGCAUUUCCAAAUCUCUUCAACCUCAACGUCAAAGCAUAUUUGCGUUUGACUCUAGCGGCCAUGCCGAGAGACAUGGAACUAUCCAACCAAGCGGCGCCUGAAAACGCCAGCCCCCGCCAUCUCCGCCGCGUUGAGCGCAAGGUCAUGAACUCGGAGGCGUUUCCCGAGUUUACCGAGCCAACUCUAGCCUCGCCCGACGAGCUGGACGAAAUCGUCGAUCUGAGGCCCCGCCAGCCGCGCAGCGACCUCAAGACCAAGCCCAUCAUGCGCGUCGAUGCUCUCGGCCUCCGAGACUCUGGCCUCUUGCGCCACUUGCCCGAAUUCUUGGGCCAGCUUGCUCGCGCCAACCUUGAGACAGAGACGCUGCUGGCCAACAGCCCCAACGGUGUCGGGUUUGAGCUGGGCGACACGACGGCCCAGCAGCAGCCCCACAUCGAGAUGGAUGUUUAUGCCGGUCUGGUCGAAACCCAACGGCGUCGCCAUGCUCGACGCAUCGUUCUCCCGGGCGGCCGCCCGUUCAAGCCGUCGGGCGAUGACGACGACGACGACGACGACGAUCGGAGCUCCAGCGGAAGCAGUGGAGCAAGCGACGCAGACAAGAGCAAUGGCGAGUCCGAAGAGUCCGACUCCGGCAACGAGAGCGACGCGUCUACUUCGACUACCGACAGCCUCCGAGCCAAGACGAAGAAGCGGAAGGCAGGCGCAAUGUCGGGGCCUGAAGACAGAAGCCCGCCCAACAAGCUGCGGAUUCAGUAUUCGUAUCCGCCCCCCACUCUCCAGUCAUUUGACAUUCGCCAGCGCAAGAUGGUGAAGAAGGUCAACCCGACAGCAGGUCCAGACCCGUUCGAUGCGCUCGGACAAAUUGCCGUUCCAAGUUCGCCAACUCUCUCAACGUCCAGCCAGAGCAGCAGCAGUUCGGGCGGCCAAAGACGCAUCAUCAAGAUCAAGGUGCCGAGCAGCAGCAGCAGCAGCAGCAGCAGUAGCAGCAGUAGCAGCAGCGGCGCCGAUAACUCUCGCGCGCCGACGCCUGACCAGAAGCAGUGCCGGCCAUCGUCUACGUCUCCCUCGAGAGUCAUUCGACUCCGUGAUCCGCGGUCAUCGCCCUCUUCGUCUUCGUCCUCAGCCUCCUCAUCGGCAAGGUCCUCCCAAUCUGGCACCAUCCCCAUCAUCAAAUUGAAGGUACCAAAACGCCCCACGUCGUCCAUCUCUGCGCCUGUCCAUUCGGGGGGCACGAUCGGCAGCGGCACCGAUUCUAGCACCAGCACCAGCACCAGCGCCGAUGGUGCCAUACCAACCCGCCCAUACACCUCCGGGUCUGACACGUCCUCCAGCUCGCGACGGGUCAAGAUCAAGGUCAUCAAGAGAUCUGAGCCAGGCUACGAGCAGUCAGAGAACAAGCGCAGGCUGAUCGAAGAGGUUUCUGAGUAG